AUGAUAAAGAAGCCGACUCGAUGGACAGGGAAAUUGAUAAUACUAGAAAAGCGGCGGCGGUACGGAUGGCGGUGUCAGCGGGACGGUAGAGAUUCCUCCUCUGCAUCCUCUCGUCUGACCUGCAAACCCUCGACGUCGUUGACUUGGCUGAGAAUGGUGAUGCAAGUGGCAUCGGAGUGUGGGGUGAAUCCCGGCACCAGCUCCGGUUGCAAUCAAGGAGAGUAUUAUAUGAUCUCCACCAACACAGCCCAUCCUUCAUCUUCAUCGCAAUCUCGUUUCCUUCACCUCAUGUGCCUCUUCUUUCGCCCCGAUGAAGAAAGCAUAGUUGUUGAUUGA